AUGAGGUUAGCCGCGUAUGCUGGGGCCUCUAUGGCUCUGGCAACUGGUGUCUUUGUUAAGGCCUUGCAUCAGCGGUCAAAUUUCUACUCUGCUUGUGUCUACCUGUCCCAGAGCAGUGCGAAUCUCAUGAUCUUGACGAACCUCUGCCUUUUGAUUGUUGGUUUUCUUCUUUACUGGCUUCAGCGACUUCUCUACGGACCCUUGCGACCGAUCGAAACCGAACAGCUCUACGAAAAGGCGUGGUUUGCCGUGACGGAGACAUGUCUCGCCAUGACAAUAUUCCGGGGAGAGCUAGGGGGCUGGUUCUUGGUGAUGUUCAUCUGUCUGCUUGUUGGAAAGGUUUGGGGCUGGAUUGGUGAAGGUCGCGUAGAGUACUUGGAGCAGCAACCACCGGCAAAUCCCCGCGUAUUCCAUACCCGGCUGACGGCCUCUCUGGUCUUGUCGGUUCUCUUCAACUCGUUUAUGCUGCGAUACUGCGUCCAUACCGUGCUCGAGCAGGCUCGUCCAGAUAUGAUGGUCAUGUUCGGUUUCGAGUUUGCCAUCCUGAGUAUCCUAUCGUGCUCGACUGCGGCUAGGUACGGCAUUUCGUUGGUGGAGAUCUACGUCACGCAGCAACAGAAAUUCGCCAGGAUUGAAGAACGACGGGCAGAGCUUCGUGCUGCCAGAGAAGAAGCCGCUCAGCAGGAAGCUCAAACAGGAGAGAAUGUGACCAAUGUGCCCGACGAGAACGACAUCGAUGAGAUGGAACUCGAUAUUCCGGGAUGGGAAGAGAAAGGACGCUGGGUCUUCUACCUCGAUUUGGUCACCGAUUUCUUCAAGUUGAUCGUUUAUCUCACGUUUUUCGCCAUACUCUUCACUUUCUACGGGUUGCCUAUUCAUAUCCUCCGUGAUGUGGUUCUCACGAUUCGCUCCUUUGCUCGGCGGAUUAUGGAUUUCAUUCGCUAUCGCAACGCCACCCGGGAUAUGAACGAACGGUAUCCAGAUGCGACAACAGAGGAGGUCACAGGAGAGGAUGUUUGCAUCAUUUGCCGUGAAGAGAUGAUACCAUGGCAGCCAGACCAACCGGGCGGACCUGGCGCGCGGCGGGUUCCUGAACGGAUGCGUCCAAAGAAGCUUCCCUGCGGACAUAUUCUGCAUUUUGCCUGUCUCCGAAGCUGGCUGGAACGGCAGCAAAACUGCCCGACCUGCCGACGUCCAGUCGUUGUGCCUCGCAACCGCGGUCAGGCUGGUGAUGGUGCCCCCCAGCAAAACAUUCCCGGGGGAAACCAAGGCAAUGGAGCAGGCGGAUUGCCCAGAGCCCGCAUUUACCAGUUUGGGCCAUUCCGGAUCGGGUUUGGUGCUGGCCGGGGAGAUGUCUUCCAUAACCUCCAGCAACAAAUACACCAGGGUAAUGCCGCAAUGCAGCCAGCAGCAAAUAUUCCUGCUGGUGCAAGACAGGUUGGCUUUGGUUUUGGUUUUGGAAGACCGCCAGCCGGCGCAGUUCCUGCACCAGCUCCUGCGCAGGCCCCUGCGCCUGUCGCCACACCGACACCUACACCCACGAUUCAGCCUUCAUUCUCCGCCACACCUAGGUUUCAGGAUAUGCAAAGCCAGUUGCAACAUAUGGAGCAGCAGAUCGCGCAUGAAAUUGAUCAGCUCCGCCUGUCAGCACACCAAUUGCAGGUAGUACGAUUAUUGCAAGCCGAAUUGCAGCGGCUACGAAAUCAACAAACGACUACGUCAGGCUUGAACGCCGCUUUUUCUCAGCAUCCUCCUCCAUUUGCCUCACCAUCGCCCUUGCCUUCGACCGUGACUUCACGUCAUCAGUUCAUGUCGAGUCCCCGGGCAACUCCCAUGACUGCCGGAGACGCCCGACUCCCUGAUGGCCUCAGUCUACCUCAAGGUUGGUCGUUGAUUCCUCUUCACUCUGCUGGGCAGCCAUCAGGCGAACAGAGAGAACAGAGAAGUACCGAUGCGACUCCACACGCUGCACCAGAACAGACUACAAAUGCUGCGCCAGAACAGACUGCAAAUGCUACAUCAGAACCCACCUUAAUGUUUGGUGUACCGACAGUUUCUGAGCCUCCUUCGUCGAACGUGGAGGCUGAAGACAGGGGGGAUGAGAACGCUGAAGCAUCCACCUCUGCUACAACCCAAAGCUUGCCCAACUGGUCGUCUGGGUUGACUGCGGAACCAGAUAAUCAUCGUGCCGAAUCGCCGGCCAACGACUGGACCGAUGUGACUUCAGACCAACCGACUGAGAAAGUCCAAGGUCCAUCAACCGCAGCUGGUGAGGGUGAGCAAGAGGAAGCGGGCCCCUCGAAUGUGGAUGAAACGUUGUCGACGUCGUCCAAAGGUAAAGGGCGAGCAGCGACGGUAGAAGACGCGGACGACGAUGAGACAUGA